CAUUUAACUCAGAUCUUUUAACAUUUUGAUAUUUCAUUGGCUAUGUUUACAUUUAACAUUUGCAGUCAAAGAUUUUAUUGAUUGAAUAUUUUGUAUGGCUAGAUUUUCAAAUUCAAACAUUUUGUAUUGAGAUUUGUUAUUGUAUACGGAACAAAAAAGAAAAAAUAUAUAAUCACAUCGUACAAUGAAAAAAUCUGUGUAUGUAGGGUUCGCAUCAAAAGAAAAUACAGGCCGUCUUUAUUCAAGUUAUCCAUAAAAAGAAAAGAAAAAAAGGAAAAUCUAAAGCAAAAUGACGUGGAUAACUUUAUGUAUUUUUUUUUCCCGGUGAUUUGAUAUCAUUUAAAUUUUGUAAAAUCUUAACGAGAAUAAGUUUAGACAGUAAAUAAGUGUAUCAGAAAAAAAAAAACAACAAUAGAGGCUAUGGGAAAUAUGAGAUUUUAGUAAAUUAACGGAUUUAAUAUUUAGUUCUUUUUAUUGAUCAUACAGUGUAAAAUAUGGGAAUAUUGUUUAUAAUUUUCAAUAUUGUUAUACACUCAUACUGGAGAUAUGCAUUUAACUUAGCGGCCGCCCCAGUGAUAAACAAUUUGCCGAACGCCACAACCAUCCUUGAAGAUACGUCAACAGCCGUUCGGCUUUACAUUCUAGACGUUACCGACGCCGACGGCGAUGCUAUUACGUGUUCAUUUGGAGCUGGGACUACUCCUGGGACCGGACAGACGAGAUUCAGUCUUAGAUAUGAAUCAACAACAUGGGCUAUCUACACGGUAGCAGGAGGCGUCUAUGAUUACAAUAGUCAACCGACUUAUUCUCUAGAGAUAGACUGUGAAGCCAAUGGGGACAAGGACACAUCAACAUAUGCGGUACAGCUUGCCGAGAAUCAGGUCCCUGUCAUACAAAACGUACCAGAUAGCGUAAACGUGUCAACUUUAACGGCGGCUAUAGGGGAUAACGUGUUUACAGUGAUUGCUGACGACACAGAAAAUGACCAAAUCACCUUUUCGAUAUCUUGUAGUCCUGCAACACCAACAUGUCCAUUUGAAAUAUUCGAUUCUGGUGCAAUACAACUGAAUGCUGAUAUUUCAAACUUCAAUAUACCUGGAUAUGACGUCACAGUUAGUGUUUCUGACAGCAGAGGAAGUGGAAUAGAUGAAAUUCUUACAAUACUCUUUACUGACAUCAAUAGUCCACCCCAAAUUCAGAACUUGGGCUCCACAAUCAAUGUUCCUGAGAACACCGUGCUUGGUAGUACAAUAGUCACUACGUUGUGUACUGAUAGUGACGCCACGGACACACUUAUUUACCUUAUGUCGUGUACUUCUUCCGGUUCCACUUAUUUUCAGAUAAAUUCUGCAUCCGGAGUUAUUAGUGCGUCGCCAACGUCCUUGAUCAACUAUGAGCAUAUUCUUUCCGGCGGAAGUACGUCAUUCACGUGCACAGUCACGUGUAAUGAUGGACGGGCUUCUGUCACGGCCACUGUAGGCUUUGAUGUAACGAACGUGAAUGAAGCUCCUGCAUUCAGCCAAAAUGCAUACAGCAUAUCCGCGGAUGAAGGAGCGGCCGGUACAGUUAUUCAGACUACAGGAUAUGAAGUAACAGAUGAGGAUGCAAGCGAUACGAAAGCAUUCACUAUGGACUGUGGAACAGCAACUGGAUUUUUUUCUAUUGACACGAGCACUGGGUUGUUGAGUUACGCCUCGGACUAUGACAUAGACGACGGUGUAAGGCCAUCUAAUGCCAGUUGUGUUGUAACAGUGACGGACAGUGGAGGACUUAGUGACACAGCAACAUUAUCUAUUACAAUAAAUAACCUUAACGAUAAUGCACCAGCGUUUUCAUAUUCAUCAUACGUAUGGUUUGUCUCAGAAGUCGAUCCUGUGGGUACUACGGUAGGGACCGUUAAUGUAACAGACGGAGAUAUAGGGACUUAUGGGGAUUUAGCAUAUAGUUUAGACCAGUCUUCUUUAACAACCGAAUAUUUCGAAAUCGACACGAGUGGAGUCGUGAAAAUAAAAAAUUCUAUAUCUGCACUUGGACCAGGUGUGGUCCCAACAUUUUAUGUGAUUGCCACGGACGGCGGUGGAAAUGCAACACGGGCAACAGCGACCGUGAUAAUAGCCGCUACUACAACACCAACGACCACGAGUACCACAGAUAGGUACAAGACAUUUUUUGACGACGGUCGAAAUAUCGCCUGGUUUACGGCAUGUUGUAUUGUUCUGGUUGUAACAGCGAUUGUGAUUGGCAUUAUGUGUUUCUCGUACACAGGCAAAUCGUCACCCGACUUUCGAUUCAGAUGUUGUAGACUAUGGGAGGAGCCUGCUAGAGAAUUACCACGUAACUGGGGUGAAGAUCACCGGUAUGAUUAUAAACGCAGGAGGCCACCAAGAGUUACAAGACCAAGGAGAGACCCGGCUAGGUUCGAUUUUUGGUCGGAAUCUUACAGACAAAUGGACUGAAAAGAAGAUUUUUCCACCAUUUCGGAACAGUGCCAACAACUAGUCUUGUAUCUAGAACUGCUUGACUGUGUGCAGUUUUGGUAUAUAGAGAAAACUUUAAAGGGUCAAUUGAUCUAGGAUUUUGAAACUUCGUUCGUGAUUUAAAGAUGACUUUAUCUUAGAUAUUAUAUAUUUUGUAAUUAAAGACAUGUUACUCACAUGAUAAGAAUGGGGAUUUGAAUAUUGUGCUUAAUUCUAAUUUUAAAAUGUAUGAAUCGGUAAUAAGAGCUUUUAAUCAUUCAUACAAGAAAAAAAUCAUUGCAGAAUUUUGACUUUUGACCGGCAAGGUUUGACACGAUAAUAGAAAUUAAUUCUCACAAUUUCAUCUUUGAAAUUUAGACUUGUUAGUCAAUUAACAUUUGUUGCGGAAUGAAGACUGGUCAUACAGCACAAACUGUUGACCGAAUAUUUGCAAAAAAUUGUAUGUAGAGAUUAAUGUAAUAACUAUAGUAAUUUCGUGGGUACAUACAUUUCAGAACAGGAAAAAUUAUAACUGUUUUAUAACUGAACGCAUUUUUGAAAUAUUCUCUCAGUAGGCAUACAGACACUAAAUAGGAAAAUGGCGCCAAAAAAAAAAUAAAAAGAAA